UUCCGCAGGGUUAAACCGGGGAAAGUUGUUUCCUGAACACUUGCAGUUGUGGACGUUUCUUCUCGGUUUAUGCAUUCGGGGCUGAACUCUUCAGCAUGGCCAUGCAGCAGGACUAAAUUCAUGUAGACAGAUAAUAAUGCCGAAACGGACAGGAAGUGUCGUGUUUAAAGAAUUUUAGAGCAUGGAGGUGACGAGCAAAGAGGACAGCGAGUCUGCUGCAUUGGCUGAAGAUGAAAUGAAUAUACAGUUCCAGCUGCUCGAGUGCCGAGCGCAGUUGGAGCACUGGCAGGGAGUGGCGAAGAUCUGUGAGAUGAGCAAACAGGAGGAGCUACAGGACCUGCAGAGACAGUGUGACCAGGAGAUACAGUCACUGCAUGAAGCCCUGAGAGAAACAGCCUCUCAGUAUGAAGCAAGAAUAUCUGCCCUGCAAUCAGAACGUGCUCAGUGGAGGAGAGCAGGGUUCAGUCCAGAAAACAGGGACAGCAUAAAGAAAGGAAGGCUAGAGAGGACCUCUCCACCUAGUGAGAGGCUGAAGAAUGAGUCCUCUGAGGGUGUGGCGGGAGACGGCGGGGCUCAGGAGCUGCUGACCGAGCCCUCUGACGACGAGAGGACAGGGCUCCAUAUGGAGGGAUUCUACAUACAGCAAAGUGACUCCUCCUCUCUGUCCUGCUUCUCUCUGGAUACCCCGUCCCUGCCGCGGCGCACGCCCCCUCAGGAUGACACUGCUUCCCUGGUUUCUACGGGAACGCUGGUGCCUGAAGCUAUCUACCUGCCCCCACCAGGACACCAGCUGGUCACACAUGCAGACUGGGAUGGACUCCAAGCACAAGUGGUAGAACUUCAGGAGGAGUUGUCCCAAUUGAGAGAACAGAAGGCACAACUUGAGAAGGAGCUGGAUACUCAGACGACAGAAACCCAGAAACAGGUGGCAGUGCUCCAGUCCCAGGUGCAGACUUCGGAGACUCUCCUCCAAGACCUGCAGAAAUCUUUCAGCCAAUCACAGAGCGCUGUACAGAGCAGAUUGAAAGAGCUGUCUCUGUCUCAGAGGAGAGUAUGUAGUGAGUUGUCCAGGUUGAAAGGGGGAGAGGUGGAAGAGAGCACAGCCGGAGAUGAACACGCAGAGCUGUUUACUCUACAGGGAGCACACACGGAAGAGAGGCUGCGUAUUGAAAUUGUGAACUUGAGGGAACAGCUGGAGAUGCGAACAGAAGAGAGCGAGGUCCUGGAGGUCCAGCUGUCCAGCCUUAAAACAGAGACCGACCGCAUCCAAAGCGAAAAAGAAAAGGUGGAGGGCGAGCUGCAGGAAAGUCUCGCUGAGCUUCAAGGCCUCCGGGUGGCACUGUCGCAUCUCCAGAGAGAUAGCAAGACCCAGACACAUGAGAAGAAAGUGCUUCAUGAUCAGUGUUUAGAGCUGCGCAGUCAGGUGAUCAGUCUGCGUAGUCAGCUGGACACCAGCCAGGCUGUGCAGAAGGACUUUGUGCAGCUCUCCCAGUCACUACAGGUGAAGAUGGAGCAGAUUCGUCAGGCAGAAUCUCUGGACCAAGUCAAGCACAUCCUUGGAGAACAACUUGAAAGUGAAAGUGACCAGCUCAGCAGUGCCACGUGAGCCAGUAGGACAUUCUCACCCUUUCUCUGGACCAAAGUGAAAAGGACCACUUUAUGUUAUGGCCACCGAAAUGAACCAGGAUCAAACUCCGAUUCUAGCAAAUUAAGAGUGUAGCAAACUACCAGUUAUUAUGAACUGUGGAAAAUUUAGGAGACCAGCUUAUUUGACACUUUCAGUGGAUGUUGUUCUCUCACAUGACUUACUAACUGAAACAUUUUACAAUACAAGUUCAAGCUCAGUGAGUUAGAGCUAACAGAUCAUGAAGUGAACAAGUCUUUGACACUGUGUCCACUAAUCAGACAUCAACUCGCUUAUAGUAACUGUAUAUUAAAGUGGAUGGUGAGUACCACUUAUCCAUGAUAACUCCUUCUAAAUUUUACAUACACUCCUUUAAAAAAAGAAGUAUAUAUGUAUAUACAGUACUGUGCAGUAGUCUUGGGUACAUGCAAAGAAAAAUGCUGUAGAGCAAAGAUGACUUCAAAAAUAAUGAAAUUUAAAUGUUUCUACAUAAAAAAAAAAAAACUACUAGGAGCAGUAAACAGUAAUAAACAAAACAAAAAGGCAGUAUUUGGUGUGACGACCCUUUGCUUUAAAACAAAUAAUAACUGGAGUCUCGGGUACAAUAAGUGCAGUUUUAUAAGGAAAUGAGCUGUAAGUUUUAUUGAGUGUCUUGCAGAACCAGUCACGGUUUUUCUGGAGAUUUUAACUGUCACACUCGCUUCUUAUUUUUGCAGCAAAACCCAGCAGCCUUCAUAAUAUUUUUUUUGUCUGAAAAGUGGUCUCUUACGUAAUACGCUGCUUUCUUUACUGACGUGCAAACAUUUUUCUGUAACAGUAAAUUUUGUCCUGGAAAACUAAUAUUUGGAAAUCUAAAAUGUUUUUGUACUAACUCGAUAAUGUAGAAGUUAUUAAAAUAAAAAUCUGUAACAAAGUUUGUACUAAAAAUUUAGGGUGCCUAAGACUUUUGCACAGUACUAUGUGUAUGUGUAUGUAUAUACACAGUGCUGUGCAAAAGUUUUAGGCACAUGCAAAGAAAUGCUGUAGAGCAAAGAUGCCUUCAAAAUAGUGAAAUUAAAUGUUUCUACAUUAAAUAUAAAAUACUGUAAACAGUAGUAAAUGAAACAAAGUCAAUAAAAAAAUAAACGUUGUAGUCUCCUC